CGACAGAAAAGCCGUGAAAAAAUUGAAAGAAAUGACAAACUCUAAAUGAAAUUAAGUACGAAUCGGGAUGCUGAAGAACACUUGACGUAUUUAAGUGGCUCCACAUUGAAAGUGCAAUUAAAAUUAAUAAAUAGUCGUAAUUAGCGUAAGCGUACUGGCGUCUCACAAUGAACUACACAUACUUGUUUGUGCUCAUUUGGCUCGCCUAUUUGAUAUGCAGCGGUGUGCUGCUCUUUUCCCGAGGAUUUCUGCUGGCGCGCGUCUCCAAGACGGAGACAAGCAGCUGCCGCCACCUAUCCACAAAUCCCGAUGAUGAAUAUUACCUGACACCGGAGGUGGUGCAGGAGAUCUUUAAGGAUGUCAACGCCUCGACGUCCUCCAAUUUAUGUCUUCCACAAAAAUCGAAAGUUAUUAUGCUUGUCAUAGAUGCAUUAAAAUAUGAAUUUGGUGUGUACAAAGAGAAUGCCACUGAACCGCCGUUGCCUUAUGAAAACAAAUUGGAAGUGCUGCAUCGGCUGUUGCAACAGUCGCCGGAGCAUGCGCGUCUAAUGCGCUUUAGAGCAGAUCCGCCCACGACUACGUUGCAACGCUUGAAGGGUCUCACCACAGGCAGUCUGCCCACCUUUAUUGACAUUGGCUCCAACUUUGCCUCGCCCGAGAUAAAUGAGGAUAAUAUCAUUGAUCAGAUGGUCAAGAGCCAUUUGCCCUUGGUUUUUCUGGGCGAUAGCACAUGGACUGAUCUGUACCCGCGUCGUUUCAAGCGUGCCUACUCCUAUCCCAGCUUUGAUAUAUUCGAUUUGGAUAGCGUGGACAAUCAGAUAAAGCAGCGUCUGCCCAAGGAGCUGGCCAGCAAUGAUUGGCAGGUGCUCAUAGCACACUUCCUGGGCGUCGAUCAUUGUGGCCACAAACAUGGACCCAUCCACGAUGAAAUGGCGCGCAAAUUAACCGAAAUGAAUGAUAUUAUAAGCUCCGUCGUGGCUGCCAUGGAUAAUGAGACCACGUUGCUGAUAAUGGGCGAUCAUGGUAUGACGGCUAGUGGGGAUCAUGGCGGUGAUACUGAUGACGAAACGAAUGCGCUGCUGUUUGCCUACACAAAGCAGCAUAAAUUCUAUACCAGCAACGAUUCGGGAUCUGAUAGCGAAUUGCUGCAGCAGAUUGAUCUGGUGCCCACUUUAUCGACCAUACUCGGCGUGCCCAUACCCUAUUCGAAUCUCGGCCUGAUCAACUUUAAUAUUGUGCCCGCCAUUGCAGUGCCACAUUUGAGUAAAUUUCAAACAUUGCUGCUGCACGCCUGGCAAAAUGCCCAUCAAAUCUAUCGCUACUUCUUCAAAUAUGCCAUGGAGAAUAAGCGCACGUUUAAUGUCGAGGAAAUGGAUAAGCUGGAAACGGAAUUUAUACUACUCACACAUCGUGUGCAAACAAUCUACAACGAGGCGGCCUUCAAGUCGUUUGUGCGCGAUCUAAAUAUCAAUUUACGUGACAUCCUCAAUGUCUGUCGCGAGAUUUGGGUUAAGUUUGAGCCCACGCAGAUGUCGCAGGGCUUGCUAUUUAGUUUUCUGCCCAUCUUCUUUGCCUUUCUGUUGGUGAACAACUCGAAUGCCGGCGGUUAUGCACAAAUAUUUAAGCCCAAAGAAGUGUUCUACACGUUUCUGAUUAACAUUGCUGCUGGCGUCUUUGGCUAUCGCUACUACAAGAGCUUUUCGUUCAAGACGGAGGAACAUGGCGUCAUAUUCUUUACCAGUCUGCUCAGCGCUGUUCUGCUGGCUUUUUAUACGAUUCGACAUUGGAAAAGCAUUGCCAACAAUUGGGCAAAUGUGAAGCGUUUUGGCCAUAUGCCAACACGCCUGCUGCUCUUUGCCAGUGUCGCCGUCUUCUUCUCCAACAGCUUUGUCAUACAGGAGGCCAAGAUAUUGUCCUAUCUGCUAGUGGCCAUCAUUCUGCUGUUUGUCUACGAGCUGCUGCAGUUGAGCGCACGUUUAGAUUUCAAGAACAAGUUCAAAUGGUCGCAGCUCUUGCGCUCCACAACCCUACGAUUGGUGUUGGCCAGCUUGUUGGCCAUCUGCUGCAUUCGCUUUGCCUACACGCUCUUCCGCUGUCGCGAGGAGCAAGGCAAUUGCGCAGAUUUCGCAAGCGCCAGCACGGCGGGCUUCUCCGUGAAGAAACCAGCGAUGGGCAAGACCUAUAUACUAGCUGUCGUCAUAAUUGUUUUGUACACCACAUUGACUCGUUUGUAUUUGCGCUCCUGUGGCAAUUUGACCGGCAAUUCAGCAAAUGUCCUGCUGGCACGCUACGGACCAACUGUCGCUUCCAUUUGUGCUGGCGGGCAUAUACUGCUCGCCAAUAGCACCGUGAAGAAUAUACAACGCACACACAUAGACACCAUGGCUCUGGUCAUCUAUGGAUUGCUGCUAUUGCAAAUUCUGGUCGUCUCCUGGUCGCCACUGAUGGUAUUUGUGCUGCCGCCCAAAAAUCCAAAUACAAUUACGGUCAAUGGGCAGGAUAGCAUUGUGCCGGAAAUCUUUCGGAAAAUGAAGCGCAUGUACGAAGGCGACGAUGCUGAGCAACGCUAUGAGAUACCCGUUGUCUAUGGCCUGGCCACCGUCUACUCAUCGAUCAUCAUCUCAUUUGGCGUCUUCCUUGCCAUGCUGAUGAUUGUGCUGCUCGAGCCGCGUGCGAGCAUCGGUCUGAUUGUCUGCAUUGUCGUUGGAGCUAUUUUACUGAGCUUGCACGGCAUUCUACGCUAUCGCACAGCCAACAGCUUUGAGAGCUGCGUGCAGCCCACAUUUAGCGCUGUGGUCGGCUGGUUUCUGCUGGCGCACUUUUGCUUCUUUGCCACGUCUCAUCAGACAACGUUAUCCCAGAUCGACUGGCGCGCUGCCUUUGUGGGACGGUCUAGCGCCUUGGGGCAAUCUCAUCUCAUAUCCGGCACGCUGGUCAUACUCAACACCUUUUGCGGGCCCAUCUUCUUCUACUGCAUGUACUCGCUGCUCAGCACAGAGACCUUCUCGCUGUUUGCUCUGUUUCCCAAUCUCAUCAAGAGCUGCAGCAGCAACAGCAAUACCAACAAUCGCAGCAAUGCCAAAGCUAGUUCAGCGGCUACAGCUUUGUCUGAUUUGGCCAACGAUGCUGUGGGCUUUGAUAUGACACGUGGCGAGCUGGCGUUGUAUGAGUAUGAGGAUGUUUUCCUUGGUGCAGGCUUCAAGCUGGCCACGCAGUUCUUUAUGCUGCAGGGCCUUAAGAUCUUCUGUGCCAUGCUUGCCUGUACCAUACACUGUCGCCAUUUGAUGGUCUGGAAGAUCUUUGCGCCGCGCUUCAUCUACGAAGCCUUGGCCACCUUUGUCGGUCUGCCAGCUCUCAUUGUGGGCUAUUUGUUGCUAUUGCGCAUUAAUCGCGCUGUCGAUGGACUCAUUAAGUGCAUCAAUAAGGAUAAGUAAACCGGAAUAACAGCAAUUCAGCAUUUGCUCUAGUCCCGCUACCGCAACCAAAAGUGUGUAUUUUAAAUUUUUAUAUGCCGAUCCCUAUUUAUUUAGCAUUUACUAAAUUAUAUAGACUAGA